AUGGCUUUAUAUUCAAUAUUCGUGAAUGGUGAGGUAUGCAUAGAUCCAAAGCUUGUGCGAGCAGACGAUUUCUUUUUUAGUGGGAUCCACCUUAUGGGAGAUGCAUCAAAUGCGGUUGGAUCUAACGUGAUUACCGUGACUGUAGUAGAGUCACCAGGAUUUAACACUUUUCGUAUUUCAAGGGCUUGUAUAGACUUUGCUCCAUCGGCUAUUAACCCUCCACACACACACCCUAGGGCCAUUGAAAUCUUGACGGUCUUAAAAGGCAGUAUUGAAAUUGGUUUUGUCACAUCUAACCAUGAAAACCAUCUCAUUACUAAAGACCUUCAGAAGGGGGAUGUUUUUCUCUUCCUACAAGGUCUAGUUCACUUCCACAGGAACAUCAGAAACAGUUAUGCUCAUGUUAUUGCCGCUUUGAGUAGCCAUAAUCCAGGUGCCAUUACCAUUGUAAAUGCAGUGUUCCAUUCUAACCUAGAUAUUGCUAGAGAACUUCUUGCAAAGGCCUUCCAGAUGGACAAGAACGUUGUUUAUCAAAUUCAAUCAAAAUUCUAG